UACCUUCUUUUUCGAUCAGUUGGUCCCUUUAAAUUUCUAGGAUUUGUGGGAUUUCUGGAGCUUAACGCCAUGUAUACACCUCUGGGUGGUGGAAACCCCUACAACGAUCCCCACAAUCGUUCCUGUGGCGGUCGCUUCUGGUGUGUUAAAGAUAUUUGUGGCAUUUUCUGUGCCGUCUUGACAUGGCUGCUGAUUUUGUUCGCCGAAUUUGUGGUGAUGCGUGUUAUCCUUCUGCCCAGUCCACAUCCAGUUUUCAGUACAGUGAAUACAAUCAUAUUUCAGGCUUUGGCAUUCCUGGCAUUUGCCUCGCAUAUACGCACCAUGUUAUCAGAUCCGGGUGCAGUUCCCAGGGGAAAUGCCACCAAAGAAAUGAUUGAACAAAUGGGCUAUCGUGAGGGCCAAAUGAUAUUCAAGUGUCCCAAAUGUUGCAGCAUUAAACCAGAUCGUGCCCAUCACUGUUCCGUUUGCCAGCGGUGUAUACGGAAAAUGGAUCAUCAUUGUCCAUGGGUGAACAAUUGUGUGGGAGAGAAUAAUCAAAAAUAUUUUGUAUUAUUUACGUUUUACAUCGCAUCGAUAUCGGUUCAUGCAAUAUUUCUGGUAUUAACAUCCUUUGCUGAAUGUGUACGCAACGAAUGGCGCCAAUGUUCGCCAUAUUCACCGCCAGCCACAAUAUUCCUAUUACUUUUCCUAACAUUUGAGGCGUUGAUGUUUGCCAUCUUUACAAUUAUUAUGUUGGCAACACAGCUAACGGCAAUACUCAAUGAUCAGACGGGCAUUGAGCAACUGAAAAAAGAGGAAGCCCGUUGGGCCAAAAAAUCACGACUAAAAAGUAUUCAAUCUGUAUUUGGCCGCUUUUCUUUGGCAUGGUUUUCACCGUUCACCAAACCAUCGGGAAGACCACGAUUUAAUUCACACUUUUAUUCGGUCUAAAAGUGCCUUGGAACAAACGUGCACAGCCAGCCGGAGGAUCAACUAACAUUCGUAAUGAUAAAUAAAAAAAAGAAACCCAAAACAAAAAUACCAGAAAUUAAAAGACUAGUUAUAUUUUGUAUUGAUAACAUCGUAGAGUUUAACAUUUAUUCUUAACGCAGAGGGGAGAUAGUAUUUUAAUAUAUUGUAUAUUUUCCACACCAGGAUACGCUUAAUGUAAUUUUGAUGGAUAUGAUAUGAAAAAAUAAAAUGACCACGAUAAACAAUAGCUAAUCAGAAAAAACAAAGACGGAGGACAAAAGAGUUAUACUUAAUAGUAUAUUUAAUAAUAAUUGUAUAUUGUCUUGUGUGUAUAUUUUUAGUUACAUAUUUCUUCUUUAUUCCUUACAAGAAACUUAAGUUAAUAAUUAAUACAUAUAUGGAGAUUGUUUACAAAUAAAAAUACUUGAAACAAUGGAA